ACAAAAUUAUUGGACCUCUAAGUUACAGAAUACAGGGCCUAAAAGUGAUAAGUUACAAAUUCGUUUGUACCAGCGUUCUAGUAACACUCGAUGUUAUUUACAAAUCUGUACAUUUGUUAAUGAGCCUGUAUGUCAUUAAAGAACGUUUAUGCAACCCGGCCUAAUAAAUGAACAAAUGAUACCGGAAAAUAGAAAAACUGUUACGUUAUCAGCUAUGGAGUUAACUAAUAAGAUAUGUUUCACGAUAACAGUUAAAAACAAUAUUAAAAGUUUAUGCAUUGACAAUAUUCUAUUCGUCAUUAAAUACCCACAUAUUAUUAAAAUAAUAUUUUAUAUAUUUAUAUUCAAUGGUAACCCAAGUGUUUAGAAGUUUUGUUCUUAUGAAUCCUUAUUAAAUCGAAUAAAUACCGUUAUUUCUAUAAUUUUUCAUUGAAAUAACCGGUGAAAUCACUAUAUUAAAGAACAGUUGGUAUCCGUGUUGAACUGUCUGCAUGCUUAUACCUUGGUCAACAAAUCAAGGAUUAAGGUUUUAGAAAUAUAUUUAAAAAAAAUUAAUGUAUAAUGUUUUACUAAAUAGUAAAUGUUUAAUUUUGUCAUAAAUAAAACUGAAAACAUUAUUGUAUAUUUUAAUUUGAGUAAGUAUUCUGGUAACACAAAUUCUAUAAAUUAAUAUUUCUGUAAAAAAUAAAAAUGUUAUUGGUCUUUAUAUGUUUAAUUGGAGUGAUAAAGGUUUGUUUGAAUAAUUUUGUCAAUAUGCCUACUGUUUAUUAUAAUGACAUUUUUUUUUAUUUUUUAGAUUUUUAUGUUAUAGGAUGCAGGGUGUGGAAAUAAGUAUUUCCUGAAUGUUGUCACUAUUGAAACCAUGAAAAGCCUGGUGGCUGAUAAAUUAAAAGUUGCAAGAGUAAGUGUUUGAUUUAUUUAAUACUGGAAUCAUAUUUAAAUACCUGUAUGAGAACGUUUUCUGUUUGAAUGCUAUUCGUAAUUAUAUUUUUAUUUUAUAGAUAUUGUUGAAUUUUGGUCAUUCGUAUCUCAAUAGUUCUAGUUUAGACAAUUCAGAAGAUGAAGAAGAAGAAGAAGAUGAUGACGAAAAAGAAAAAUAUAAAGAAAAAAAAGAACAAAAUCAACAACUCAAUUGUAAAAAGGAACAAAUGGAAAUUGCUGAGAAAAUUACCAAAAACAUACAUCAAAAUAUUGAAAAAGAAACCCUAAUAAAAUUUGAUGAAGGCGUACGAAAUAUCAAUGAAGGGAGUUUAAAACAAGAAUUGGAUGACAAAUUAAAGAGUGAGAUUAUAGAUGACCCUUAUAUAAACAAAAAAAACAAACAAAUAGACAAUCAAAAAGAAUUAUAUAAUAAUGUAAAUUUUAAUGAAAUAAAACAUGAAUUUGUAAAAGAAGAAUCACACAUAUUAGAUAAGAGCUUACAACAACCUUUAUUGAACUCAGACUUAAAAGAAUUGUGUUCUACCGAUUUACAAAAACAAUCAUGUACAAAUUUGUACUUAAACAUGAAUGGAGAAGACAAAAGUAUACAAAAUGAUUUAAAACAUAAAUUGGGCAAUGAUUAUGAUUAUGAUCCAUAUGAAAUCAAAAUUUCAAAAUGUAAUAAAAGUAGAUAUAAAAAAAUGCCAAGAUAUAGAAAUCAAAUUAAAUAUAAAAGUAAACCAAAAAAAAAAAAACAUUGUGUAGAUAAUAACGUUUUAAAAAAAAAUAAAAAAAAAAAGCUAUUACAAUUCAACAGAAUAGUAUCAAGGAAGUUUGACAGAGCAAAAAAGAAAAGGUUAGUAAAUGGCAUAGGGAUAAAAUCACAAGUUAAUCCAGAGUUUCAACCAAAAUUAUGUAAAAAAGUGUUAGUUAAGCUUGAAAAAAAACCAACAAUUUUUGAAGAGCGUGUAGAAGAAAAAUUAGAGAAAAAUAACCCAAUUGACCUAGAAUUUCCUAAAAAUAUAGAUGAAAAAGUGCAAAAAGUGUUUAGAAUAGAGGAACAAAAUUUUGAAAAUGCAAAUGAAAUAGAAUUAAAUUUACAAAUAUUAGUUAACUCAGAAUUUGAUGAAAAAGUUCAAAAAGAGUUUGUUGGAAAAAAACCACAUAUACAUGAAAUAGAAAUACAAUUAAUCAUAGAAAUUGUACAAGAAUUAGACACAAGUGUAAAAGUAGGAUACGGUGAAAAACAAAUACAUAAUAAAAAACCAAAAGAGUUUGACAAAGAAAAACAAGAAGUAGACCAUACAUUUAACAAAGAAAUACAAGUUGACCUUGAAUUUCAGGAUGACUUAAUAAAAAAAAAAUAUACUGAAAAUCUAAAUGAAAUCAUUUCAGAUUAUAUUCAGCAAUUAAAAUAUGAAAGUGGAUUCGAGGAAGAAGAAUUAAAAAUUGAAAAAUUAAUAGAUGAAUUUCAGGAAAAAAUAAAAGAAGAAAUUCAACAACUUUUAUGUGUUAUACUCUAUGGAGAACAAAAUAAGUCAGUAGAACAGUGUUUUACAGAAAAAGAACAAAUAGAAUUGAUAACUGAAAUACAACAAGAAAUUAAAGAUCUGCAAAGAGAAAUUAAUCAUUCCAUUGAAGAUGGCGACGAAGAAUCAGAGAAAGAAAUCAUUGAGCAGAUAAGUAAAACAUAUUUUUAUUCAGGAGAAGAAAAAUUUCUAAAAAAUCUCAUCCUUUCAUUAAAUCAAGAUUAUAUACCAUUUUAUAAAAGAAUUGAAAAAUUAUGUAAUCUCCAUUUUCCAACUUCACCUAAACCAUUUCCAAUGUACUAUGAUGAAAUACCUUCAAAAUUAGAAAGAGAUAUAUCACCAAAAAAUGAUAAUGAAGCAUUUAUAAAACUCAAUAGGCUCGUAAAAUUAAUGACCGGUGAUAAUUUAUAUGGAUUUGAUAAAGAUACAUAUAUUGAUAAGAAUGAUAUUACUCAACAAAAAUCAAAUAAAGAAACACAGAAAAACAUAGGUAACAUACAGGUUCACAGUGAAAUAGAAAAUACAAUUAACGAUUCUGUAGUUCAGUCAAUUGGGAUGAAGACAAAUAAAAAUAAGACAGUUCGAUCAUUUGGAGAAAACAUUAAUUAUGAGUAUUCUAGUAAAAAACAAGAAACAGAACAAGAACUACAAGACCAAAUUGAAAACAAAUUACUAGAUAAAGUUUUAACACAAUACUUGUAUACAAGAGACUUAAAAUUUAAAAAUGAGGAAAAUAAAAAAUUCCAGCAACAUUUUGAAACUCUAAAAAAUCCCCACGAAGAUACAAAGCCAGCAAUGGUAGGAAUCGCACCAGAAACAUUUGAUAAAAUAGUCAAACAAGAUGUUAAUGAUUGUUUUGAUAUUGUAAUAGUAUUUAAUAAAGAAAAUAAGAAAAAAAUAGAUGGAGUAGUUAUACAGAUGGUAAAGGGAAACAUACAUGUAUAUUUUAAUGAAAAAAUUAUGAAAAUGCUUAACGAUUCAUUAAUAUAUGUUGCUAAAAAUAUGCAAAUAUUUAAUAAAAGAGUUAAGCUAUUAGAUACUCAUGGAGUGAUCCAAACACUAAUAAAAAAAAAAUAUCAAAAUUUUUUUAACCGAUUAAUUUAUAAAAUUGAUAAAAAAAUAUAUAAUCAUACUAAUGGAAAAAUAACACAACAAAACUAUUGUAAAGCGCGAGAAGUUAUUGACAAAUUAUUUGUAGAAACUUUGUUGAAAAAUAUUGUACAAGAAAUGAAAGUAGAUUUUGAUGGUCAAAUAAAGGUUAAAAAAAAAGAGCAGCAGAGUUUAAACAAAGACAUACAUGAUGUAAAUAAACAUAUGCAUUUACAACUCAAAUUUUACAAAAGCAUACCUCAAGAAGUUGAUAAAGUGACCCAGAAAAUAUGUGAAAGUCAGUUGCAAAGUGAUUUUUCUUCAUUUGAGAUGGAUGUAAAUAAAUUAAAAAAAAUAUUUUUGAAUAAAUCUGAAGCUGUUGAGAAAGAUGAACAAAAGUUGGAUAGAGUAAAUGGAGUUUAUUAUGAGGAAUUAAAAGAAAUAAUGGAAGAACUUUUGAAUCAAUGUGAAAAAGAAAUGGAAGAAAAGUAUGUCACAUACAUACGCAAGAUAAACAAAAAACUGGAACAAGAGUCUGAGAAAGCUACUCUAGAAAAUAUUCAGAAAGUUUAUGAGAUUGUAGAAUUUAACCAACAAAUAGGCAAAGAAUCUAAUGUAGAAAUUGAAGAUUCUAAAGAUAAAUCAAAUAACAAUUUUGAAGUAGAUAUUGAAAAAUUGGAUAACAUAUUUCAUAAAGAAGCAAUUGAACCAUUUAAUGAAAUAAAUGAAGUAAUAGAAAUAGUUGAUGAAUUUGAAGUAAAAUCUGAUUCUUCUGUAGAGGAUUUUAUUAUAACAGGAAACGAACAUUUUUAUACAAAGAAAGAAUUUAGCUCUUCAGAAGAAUUCAGUUUUUUAGACAGAGGAUUAAAUUUUACAAAAGAAGAAAAAGUGUUUCAUAAAAAAGUACCAAAAAAACUUGAGAACAUUAAACAAGACAAAUACAAUAGACAUACACAAGGAACUGUAGAAAAGUUUAAGAAAUGUGCCAAAGAUACCAAACACAAGUUUAAAAGAGAAAUGCAGGACAAAGUAAAUAGAGAAUUAGAAGAUCUGAAUGAAGAUCUUCAACAAGAAUUUGAAGGGCCAAAUUCAGAAUUGGAAGAAAAGAUUUCAUACAAAUUGUUUAAUGUACAACCACAUGAAAUGGGAAUAGAAGAUAUAAAGGAUUUGGACGAAGUACCUCUAGAAUUGAAAAUUAAACAAGAACAAUUUGAAGAAGAAUUACAUCUACAAUUUAAAAAUUUUCAAAAAGAAUUUUAUAGAAAUUUAAAAAAAGAAUACGAUAAAGAACAACAUUUAAAAGUUAAUAAAACAUUUAAUCCUAUACUGUCUAAUGUUUUUGAUGAACAACAACAAACAUUUUAUGAUUUAAAAGAUGAAUUUAAUGAAAUAAAACAAGAAUAUAAAAGUUAUAUACAACAAAAAAUUUUUGAAGGACUCCAACAAAAGAUAGAUGAAAACAAAUUAUUAGAAAUUGAAGAAUUUCCAGAAAAAAUUGAAGAUGAACCAAAUCUAUCAAUUGAUGACAUUGAUAAAGAGUUUGUUGAACUACAGCGUGAUUGUCAUGAUCUAGAAUCAGAAUUUAUGUAUAAUGUACCGUUUGAAUUUAAAGAAAACAAUUUAAGCCAAGUAUUGAAUAAAAAACCAUUUAAUUUAUUUAAACAAUUAAGUUCUAUUCAUAAAAAAAAGUUAUGCACUUUUGUUGAUUCUGAUCAGUGGCCUGAAAGUGUAAGCAAAAUACAUUUUUUAGUUGGAACUAAAGCAAUUAUAACGUCAAUUUUAAAUUAGUUUUAAUAAUUUUAUUUCAGUGUCUUUAUCCAUCAAGUUUGUUAGACUGUUUAUUUGAAAAUCCUUUAGAAGAUAAACCAAAUGUCUUAGUGAUUACUUUGUACUCUAUAGAUGUUGGUUAUUCAAUUAAAUUACAUAUAAACAAGGAAGAACCACCGGUGGAAGCUUUUUAUAAUUAUGUAGAUGAUACGAUAUUAGAAUAUAUUGAACAAGAACAACUUCCACCACAUUUAUUAGAUUUAUUGGAGAGAGCUGAACCCAGCAUAUUUUACAGUGGAUGUAUUAUUGCAGAAAUUCAUGAUCAGAUAAAUGGUAUUCCAUACCAGUUAUAUAGAAUCUUACUGCGUCCUUUUAAUAUGGUAUGAUAUUUAAAUUAGAAAUGUGUAUAUCAUACCAGAUGGUAUUUAUUUAUUUAUUAUUUAUUUAAUAUGUUAAUUUUUCUCUUAGUCCAUUCAGAGUGAUUUUAAUCAAAUAAUAUCUGAACAUAAUUAUAUGAAUUGGUCGUAUAAUAAAAGACUGAAACUAGAAAGUAUGUUGACAUUAGUAUCUCAUCCAGUGAUGUGUAUGGAUUCGUCACAUAUUGCUGGUUUAACAGUUAACUUACAACAUCAAUUGUUAAGUUGUCGUAAAAUAAUACUAAAUCCUUUAAAAAAUAAUUUUAAAUCUUCAAAGCUAAACUUGUCACAUAAUGACUUAACAAAUGAUUUUUAUCAAGACACACAAUUUACAUCAAAUUCCUCAAAUGAAUCUCAAAGAGUGACUUCACAAUUGAUGGUUAGUUGAAAAUAUUUCUAUUUGAAUAAUUUAGUCAUAAAAUAUUAUUUUAAUUUAAUGAAUAUGUUUUAUUAUUUUUAAAUCUUAUUUUUCCAUUCAUGAACAAAAGUAAUCUAGUGAUUUUUGUUACAAUUUGAGAAUAUUAAAAAAAAAAUACUAAAAAUAUUUUUGAUAUUUUGAUACUAUACAAAUAAAAAUAUUUGUAAUUAUGUUAUGUAAAACUUUGAUUGUUUAAAAUUACAAUAAAACAAGAUAACCUAGUUACUUUAGAUGUAGGUAAUUUAUAACAAUUAUAGAAGCAUAUUGAUUUGUGUUUAGGAUAAUACAAAUACCAAUAAAAUAUAUGAUCUUAUUUGGAAGUUUGAUUUUCGUAUUCAAUCUUUUAAACUUAUUAAGCUAUACGUUUUAGCCGUAACAGAUAUUGAAGAAUAUUCUAUGAUGUUGCUAAUGAAUUCAAAAUACGGAUCUGUUAUGAAACUGAGGUAUGAAUUUAUAAUAGUUAAUUAAAAAUUGUAUUUUAUCAUAUUUUUAUGAUUACAGGUUUAAAAUAAAUCUCAAAACAAAUAAAUUAAAAACCUAUAUUACUAUGAUAUUAGGAAUCUUAAGAAAUAAAAUAAGACCUGACAUAUCAGUUAUUCGAACAUAUAAAGGUAGUGAGAAUUCAACACUUCAUGCUAUAAUUGAUGUUCCAAUAUUGAUUAGUAGCAAUAUUUAUGAACCUAGUCAUGCAGAAAUUAGUAUGGUAAAUAUUGUGUUGUAUUAAAUGAGUUUUUUUGUUUCAUGCAUACACAAUCAUUUUAUUAUACUUUUAGUUGAUUAAUAAAUGGCUAGGAAAUAAAUCUGAAUAUCAGUGUUACAAAUCAGAAUUAAAAUUUGGAAAAAUAAAGUCUCCAAUUUUGCCAAUACAAUUACUUGGAGAUAUACAAAAAAUUUACAAAACAAAAAAAAGUACACGGCCAUCUAAAAAGGUAAAAUGCAUUGAUAUCUCAAAGUUGUUAACGUUUUUAACAUCACUUAUUAACACCACUAAAUUUAAUGCAUUCAAUAUUUUUCAUAUUAGUUGUUUAUUUCUUAUUAUCAAAUUAUUUUCUAAAAUUUAGAUUGUGUUUAAGACAUUCAAGUUAAAAACUGUACAACAAAGUUUAAUUCAGACAUAAAAUAAAUUAUUUUAACCCUAUACGAUACUAAAUACUUUAUUUAUUAUUUUUUUUUAUCCGUAUUCUAUUGUGUUAUAAUAUUUAUAACUUAUAAUAACGUAAUUCAUAAUGUUUAUAACAUUUUAUUUUAUUAACAUAAUUUUUUUCACAGAUUGAUAAUAAAAUUAAUAAAAGUGUUCACUUAUGUACUACCAAAAAGUUAUCAAAUGAUCCAAAUACAAAUAUAGGUAAGAUCUUUUUUUUGUUGAUUAUUUAUUAUAUCAGUUCUAAAUAUUAUUUACAAAAACUUAUGAAUAAAAAACUUAUAAUUUUAUAGAAAAAGAAAUGUCAAAUAUUAAUUUAAGAGAAAAAAAUCAACAAAUUUUAAUAUUGAACAAAUUAAAAAAAGAAUCAAUUUUCCAUAGAGAUAUAUCACUGUUAAAUUCAGUAGUAGUUAAUUCAUUGCCAUUAAAUAGUUUAAAAAAACCAAUGGAUUAUCAUUCAAUAUCGUCAUCAAGAGAAAUUUCAACCUCUACUGGUAAUCAAAUACCAAUAUUGGAUGUUUCGCUAAAUGGAAAUGAUAUUAAUGGAAAGUAUGAUAAAUUAGAUUCAAUACUGGAACUACAAUCGACUAAAGAUAUAUUACCACCAAUAUCAAGGCCAAUGUGUAUAACAUUUUCACUAACUACAAGUCCACCAGUGCCCAAUUAUGUAACAACAAUAUCAUCAUGUUCAAGAUGUAAAUAUAUUCUAAAAUCAAUAUUAAAUCUUGAUACUUUAAUACCAUCAGUAUCAAGUCAUAUAAAAUCGAUGUUAUCUAUAAAUUCAAAUUCUGAAGCAUCAAUCACUAAUUGUAUUUUAUUAUCAGAAUACUUGGAAACACAAUAUGAUAAAAACCAUGUACCAAGACUUAAGAUUCAUACUGUAAACAUAGAUACUGAAUUAAAAUCAGUUUUUAUGUUAUUAAAAACUUAUUAUUCAGAAAAUGUAAAAAAUAAAAACAUUAAUUUGUGUAAAAAACAUGAUAAACAACAACUUCCCUCUUUAAAUUAUGGUAUAAAAACAGAAACUGGUGGAAUGUUUAGACAAUCGUUAAAUUCUCAAUGCGCAAAAAAGAUUGAAAUCAUAAAACAUUUACAUCGAUAUGGAAUCUGUUUGAGUGGUCCAAAAACAUUAAUUAAUAGCAAUAAAAUGCCUCCAAUAUCUUCUUUAGUUCCAAGUAAGGAUUUUUAAUUAUGAUAUACAUAUUUAUAUGCUCUUUUAUUAUUAUAAUACAUAAUAAAUUAUUCAAUUUGUUUUAGAAACUUCCUGUAUUAAAAAAACUACUACUAAUCUUCAAUUAGAUCGCCGGAAAAAAAAAUAAAUUUUAUAUGUUAUUAGGACCUUAUUUAACUAGUCUACGUAAUUUGAAGGUAUGUAUUUGUAUAUUUAUUACAGUGCAAUUUUUAAUGAAUUUUAAUAAUUGCUAUAGAUAAGUUGAAAAAUAAAUGUAUAAUGAUUUUGAGAGACAAGACAUAUAAAUUUAAUAAUAAGAAUAUAAACGAUUAUCAAUUGUACUUGUUCAUAAAAUAAUUAUU